AUUGCGGAGCGUUUUUUGUGUGCGGACGUGUUGACGGAUUGUGCAGUGGUGGCAGUUGAACGCGGACUAGCGUUGUUGUUGUUUUUGUUAUUUUACAAAGGCUCUCAGUGAACUCAGUAAACAUUACAGCGCAUCUGUGUCACUUUGGUGUGCGUGUAUGUGUGCAAACGAAAAGUGUAAACAAAACAGAAACCGAAAAAAGAGUAGCACGAGUCUUAUUUGUGGGAGUACGUGUGCGUGUGCGUGUGCGUGACGUCUCAGCCAAGUAGCAGUAACAGUAGAGUGUAGCGGCUGUAUGAAUGAUAUGAAAAUGAUCGGAAGCGAUUACGUACUGGAGGCGCACAACAUUUUCCACACCACAGAGGUGGAUGGCGGCGGUUGUUUCAAUGGCGGCGGCAUGCCAGCGCUUGUGCUCAAAGGCGUGAACUUGACAGUGCACAGUGGCGAAGUGAUGGCCAUCUUGGGCUCCAAAGGUAGCGGCAAACGCGCAUUAUUGGAUGUGAUUGCACGCCGCGCCGAUGGCACAACGCGUGGUCAAGUGCUACUCAAUGGUUCACCGCUAACGAAGGCGCUCUUCCAGCAACGCUGCGGCUAUGUGACACAGUCGUGCACUUUCAUACCGGGUCUAACGGUGGCGCAGACGUUGCAUUACACGCCAACUAUUCUCUCGGGCUACUUGAAAAGCUCAAAAGUGCGUCAAGUCCUCGCCGACUUGGCACUAUCUCAAGUGGCUCACAAACGUGUCGAAUAUUUGAAUAUGAGCGAGGCGCGUAGACUAGCUAUUGGUAUACAGCUGGUCAGGGAUCCAGUUAUGCUCUUACUCGACGAACCCACACAAGGCUUAGAUCCGCUCAGCGCUUACUUACUGAUAUCGAUACUUUCGAACAGCGCCAAGAAAACUGGCUGCGGUAUAUUGCUCUCUUUGGAGAAACCACGCUCCGAUGUAUUUCCCUUCCUCGAUCGCGCAUUGUUCCUAUGCCUCGGUGGUGUAGUGUACUCUGGUGGCACUCGCGCAAUGUUGGAAUAUUUCCAUAGUAUUGGUUUUCCCUGUCCACAACUCGAAAACCCAUUGAUGUACUAUCUCUGCUUGAGCACCGUGGAUCGUAGAAGUCGCGAUCGUUUUUUGGAGUCCAGCCAGCAGAUUGAAGCAUUAGUCGAGCGUUUUUCGCGUGAAACUCCCAUGUCUGAUGCGCCGCUCAAUACAAUGGGUAGUGGUAAAGUGCCGCUAGCGUAUGGUAAACCUGGUGAAUUGAAAGUCUGGAUUAUGCUAUAUCUUAAACUGCUUGCUUCAACCUUCUCUUGUGGUCUUGCUGGGAUGAAAGCACUCUUCAUGCGUUUGCUCUUGCUACCCAUGGCGAUGGCGCUCAUGUGGCUGUUUUAUACCGAUGUGGGCGACGAUGCGCAUGGCUUCUUCAGCAAGAAUGGCAUGAUACUCAAUGUUAUUGGUUUGGCUUACGGCUGCGGCAUUCUGACCACCAUAUCGCUAUUUCCAAUUUGGCGCAAGCGUUUCUCGCAGGACACACCCGAAGGCCUCUACUCGGGCGCUACGCUACUGAUCGCCUAUAAUUCCAUAGCAAUACCGUUCUCAUUGAUAUCAGCCGUGUUUGCCAGUUGCGUCAUUUAUCCCCUGCUACUUGAUCCGAAAUUCCCGAAUGGCACCGUUUUCGCCUACUUAUUGGUAGCUUUGUGGUCCAGUUUCGUACUCGCCGAGCAGUUAAGCAUUGCCUUCUUGUUGGUCGUGAAGGUGCCCUUCAACGCCGCCAUUGCCGUCACCUACAUACUCGUCAUCAGCAUUGCUUUGGCCAGCGGUACUGUGCGUUCGUUCAAGGGUCUCCAGCCGUGGUUGCAGGAAAACACCAAAGGCACACACACACGUUAUGUGUCCUCAUUGUUGCACAGCAUUGCUUUUCAAUCGCGCAAAAUGAAUUGCACACCCACCGCGUCUGUUAUAUGUCCCAAACCGGCUGAUUUCCUGCACGAACGACUCGGCAUGGCCGAUCCUGAUGAAACCAUUGAUGUUGCUGCCUCGUGCGCUUUCGCCGUUGGCUUGGCUGCCUUCAAUAUGCUGCUCUAUUUAUUCCCAAUGCCCAGAUGUGUAAGACAGAAGUUUAAAGACUGAGUAAUUGGCGGGAGAACUGAAAACAUUUUGCUCCAUUUCAAUUUAUUUUCGUUUAAGCUCAAUAAUAUUAUACCUUUUAAUUAACAAUAAACGUACUUAAGACUGUAA